AUGGGCAGAGAGGCUGAGAAAAAACCAGACCCAUCUGGGGAGCGGCUUUUGAACUCGAUUGACGAAGAAUCGAGAGAUGGUGAUUCUGUCACGCUAUGGAAAGAGGCAACUCCAUGGUAUCGCUCUAGCCGUCUGAGGAUACCAUUUAUCGGGGGACUGAUCAUCCUCGCUCUCGGCAUAACGGUUAUAAUACAAUCCGUUAAACUUUCAAAACGGCAUCCUGCCACAGUUACUGGCUUUGAUCCAGGGCAAUCUGGGAGAUGUGGAUUCAAUUCAACUGAGGCAAUUGCCCGUGGCUGCGUCUUCGACUACAUGAAUUUCAGUUGGCAGCCGCCCGAGUGCUAUGAUCCUGAACUGGAUGAAAAGCACGCUACCAUGAUGAGAAAGGAUGGACCGAUACGGUGGUGGGCGGACGCCAAUCUGACAAAGCCGAUACCAGAUGAUGCUAACAUCCUCAAAAUGUACACUGAGGUCUGGACAGAGCGCAAGUUUCACUACAAACACUGCCUGUAUUCGUGGGAAAUUCUGCAUUUGAGCUAUAAUGAUGGGCGACCAAUACCCGACUUGAUGUCCCAUGAGCAUUCACUGCAUUGCGCCAUGAUCUUGGAUAAAGCCAUUAGAGUGGAUGAUGGCACGGAGUUGUUACUUGAGCAUGCAGUCACUUGGUACUCCGCGUGUAUCUGGCCUCGAGCAUAG